CUUUGGUACAUUUUCCUUCAACAUUUAAUUCACCACCGUCUCAAUGUCGAGUUUAUUGUGGGUAGUUUUUGCUUGGACAACAAUACUAUGUGUCCAAGACGUCACGGGAGCGCGUAUGCCCGUGACUGACGACACGGGUCCAGGAGAGCCCUUAUUUCUGACGCCCUAUAUCGAGCGAGGCAACGUCAAAGAAGCGAGGCGGCUGGCACGAGUUACGCUCAACGACAGCUUGAACAUAGAGAGCUACGCGGGCUUCUUUACCGUCAAUACGGCAUACCAGUCAAACCAAUUCUUUUGGUACUUCCCUGACAUGUCCCCGGACAAAGCCAAGGCACCCGUGCUUGUGUGGCUGCAAGGCGGUCCAGGAGGGUCAUCACUCAUCGGUUUAUUCUGCGAAAAUGGACCCAUUAGAGCAGUAAAUGGGCAAUUCGAGCGCAGAAAAUAUCACUGGGCUUUGAAUCACAACGUCAUUUAUAUUGACAAUCCCGUGGGCGCGGGGUUCAGCUUCACCAAGGAUCCGAAAGGGUAUUGUACAGACGAAACGCAGGUCGGUGAACAACUAUACUCAACUCUAACACAGUUCUACCAACUCUUCCCGGAGCUGCAGCAAAAUGAUUUCUUCAUCACGGGUGAAUCUUACGCCGGAAAGUUUGUCCCGGCACUCGCCCACACCAUCAUUAAGAAAAACUCCACAGCCAAAAUUAAAGUAAACCUUAAAGGACUUGUUAUUGGUGGGGCUUGGAUAAAUCCUGAUAGUCAGAAAUAUUGGAAUUACCGCUCUGACUGCGCCAACAUUGACCAUAAUCAACCACUUUCGAAUCAUGUGACACAAAUGUGGACACUGAAAAGCCAUAAGAGAGACAAAUGGCUCCAAUGGGAUGAUUGCGAAUUCAGUCCAGUGCUAAAUGAAGAUGCUGUAAGAAGAGCUAUCCAUGUCGGGGACUUGUCAUAUUCUGAAAUGAAUUGGUCUGUGUUUAAUAUAAUGCACGUUGAUUUUUGUCAAUCUAUGGCCCCCUGGUUGUCGGAAAUACUAGACGUUUAUCCAGUUACUCUUUAUGGUGGACAAAAUGACACUACAGUAUAUUACGCUGGGAUUGUAGAUUUUUUGCGGAAUCAUUUCAAUUUCUCGGGCGCCUCGGAGUACAAGUCUGCAAAGCAGUACGAGUGGAGGGUGGACGGCGAGCCGGCGGGGUGCGUGCGGCGCGCGCGCUUGCUGACGGAGAUCUACGUUCUGGACGCCAAGCAUCUCGUGCCUCAAGACCAGCCCAAGCGCGCCUGGGACAUGAUCACGAGGAUUACUUAUGGGAAAGGCUUCGAUCUCGAAGAAAUCUGCUCGACCCCAUCUGAGGAUGAAUAUUUAGCUAAGGAUGAUUGAAACAUGAGUUUUAAAAUUAAUUAAUUUCUAUUCAAACGUCUUUUAAGCAUGUAAUUACAAAAAAAAUGUUUGAAAGUUAUGUACAUACCGUUACGUAAAUACCUAUACAACUUAUUGAUACAUACAAAUUAUGUAUCAAAUAAGUUGUAUAGGUAUUUAUCAUUUCUCAUGUUCUGAAAGAGGGUCAUUGUUGUUCUAUAAGGUGUGCAGAAAUGAUACGUAUCUGAACUAGAGCAUUUUUACUGUUAGAAGUAUUAGAACAAAUUAAAUUAUUUACAGAAAAUACUUUAAUUUGUUAAGUAGAAACUACUGUAUAAAUUAUAAACUGAAAUAAAUGUCAUUUGUAUGCCAGUUUGUAGGCACAAUGUGGAGAUCCUAUGUAAUUACAUAUUGUAAAUAGUUUUAAGACCUCUGUAACCCAUAUUGACAAAUAAAUGAUCAAUCAAUCAAUCAUAUACUAAGAAAAAGUGACCAAGGCUGUGCCCAAUGGCACAGGCGCCUGCCGUGAUAGCAGAGGACGCUGGUUCGUUUCCAGCCUGGGGCACUGGAGGCCUUGGUCACUUUUUCUUAGUAUAUGACAUUUAUUUCAGUUUAGAGCAUUUUUAGUUCCAUGUACGAUUUUUUUCAUUUUUUUACGAUAAGCAAUUGAAAUUUGGGUUUAAAUGGAUUUGUUAUAUAAUAAGGAUUUAAAUCCCCAUUCCGAAAAUAACGAUACUUUUGCCUAAAUUUUAAAGUGGCUCAAGAAAUACUACAAAAAAUUAUAGUUAGUCAGUUUUAAAAAAAACACGCAUUUUACUUUCCUCGUAUUCGAAAUGAAAAGUAGUGUUUAACUCGGGUGAAAGGCAUCAUUUCAGCCUCGGACUAUUGGCGCUCAAACGCAGUGAGCGCAAAACUACCUCGGCAGGAAUGAGUACCUUUCAUCCCUUGGUUAACAAUCUACUAUUGUAUAAUUUUAUGUUGUACCUAUUUUUUUCGCAGCAAUGUUACCUAUGGUGUAAUUUAUUCAUUGUAAAGUGGCCUUUAGAAAAUAUUUAAGCUUAGUCUUAGAGAUCUGUUAAUAGAAAAAGUAGUAGGCAUUAAACGAUAAGCAGAAU